AUGUCGUCCUCAUCAGCCACGGAAGAAGAGCCCUCCAAAGCCACCAUCGUCCUCAUGGGCACCUGCGACACCAAAUGGGACGAGAUGCACUACACACAGCAACAAAUCCUCUCGCAGCACACCCCCUGCACCGUCCUGCUCAUGGACAUCGGCCACAGCCCCUACUACGCCGACUCCUCCAUCGCCCUCAAACACCCCGAGCUCUGCCCGCCAGCCGACUCCCGCAACCCUAACCAACCCCCCAAACUCUCCUCCCUCCCGCGCGCAGACUACAUCCGGCAGAUGACCGACCUCGCCAGCACCACCAUCCGCGCGCUCCACCGCGCCCGCCGCAUCCACGCCGUGCUCGGCAUCGGCGGCUCCUGCGGCACCGCCCUCGCCACCGCCGUCAUGCAGCGCGCCCUGCCCGUCGGCUUCCCCAAGCUCAUGGUCUCGACCAUGGCCUCGGGCGACGUGACGCCCUACGUCGAGGAAACAGACCUGACGCUGAUGUACAGCGUCGUCGACAUCGCCGGCACAAACCGCAUCCUCAAGCGCAUCCUGGCCAACGCCGCCGCAGCGAUAGCGGGGAUGGCCGGCUCAUAUUUCCACAGCAGCCGCGGCACAGACAGCGAUGGCAGCAGCAGCAGCACCAGGGACGCCGGCCACCCGCGCAUCGGCAUCACCAUGUUCGGGGUCACGACGCCGGCCGUGGACGCCGUGCGCGCGCGCCUGCAGCAGCGGCUCGCCGGCGCGUGCGAAAUCUACGUGUUCCACGCGACAGGCGCCGGCGGGAAAGCGAUGGAGCGGCUGGUGCGCGAGCGCCAGCUCGACGCCGUCGUCGACCUGACCACCACCGAGAUCGCGGACGAGCUGGUGGGCGGGGUGUUAUCGGCGGGGCCGGAGCGGCUGGGCGCCGCGGCGGCCGCGGGGAUCCCCGCGGUGAUCAGCGUGGGGGCGUGCGACAUGGUGAAUUUCGGGGCGCGGGGGUCGCUGCCGGAGAGGUUUGGGAAGGGGAGGGUGGUGCAUGAGCAUAAUCCCACGGUGACGCUGGUGCGGACGACCCCCGACGAGUGUAGGCGGAUUGCCCGGUUUAUGGCGGAGAAGCUGAGAGGCUGUGCGACCCGUCCGGAUCGAGUGCGGGUGGUUCUUCCUACGGAAGGAAUCAGUAUGCUGAAUACGGCGGGGCAGCCCUUCUAUGACCCCGAGGCCGACGAGGCGCUGUUCUCGACGCUCGAGAAGGAGUUGGCGGGGUCAGGCAUCACAAUACUGCGGCAGGCCAAGGAGAUCAAUGAUCCAGAGUUUGCCGAUUUUGUUGCCGAUUCCCUUGUUGAUCUGAUGAGAAAGACAGGAUAG